AUUAACCGGGUAAUAUAACCUUCCGCAAAAGUGGAUUGCGCGCCAAAAUCAUCUUGGCAAAACUGUACCAAUCUCACAAAAUCUCCAAAACAACGCACUCAAUCCGCCAGCGUCGGAGCAGAAGAAAAGAAUUGCUUACAAAUGGAAGUGAAGACCUUACCGUUGUCAUCGAGCCAAAGAGGAAAGCUAAUAAACGCUGGCUAUACUUCUCUCGCUUCACUCUCCUCCGUCUCCUCCUCAGAUCUCGCUCGCAAAUUGAAUAUUUCGGAUAGUGAAGCUCUUGAAAUACUGAAGGUUGCAUCACAUAGCAGUAGGUUGUACGAGGAAGGCGGAAGCCAUGCCGUAAUCAAUGGUGCACAGAAUGCGUGGGAUAUGCUUCACGAGGAGUCGUCUUUGACGCGCAUCACUACAUCGUGUGCUGAUCUAGAUAACAUACUUGGUGGAGGAAUAAGUUGUAAAGAAGUUACUGAAAUUGGUGGCGUACCAGGUAUCGGUAAAACACAGCUUGGGAUACAACUUGCAGUCAAUGUUCAGAUUCCACUCCACUGUGGUGGUUUAGGUGGAAAGGCAAUUUACAUAGAUACAGAAGGUAGUUUUAUGGUGGAGCGUGCUCUACAGGUCGCUGAAGCAAGUAUAGAAGACAUGUUGGAAUAUAGUAGAUUUUUGCGCAAGGAUUUGCAAACUUGUCAACUUGAAAUGCAAAGCAAGGAUAUCCUGAGAAAUAUAUAUUAUUUCCGUGUCUGCAGUUAUACGGAGCAAAUUGCUCUGGUUCAUUACUUAGAAAAGUUUGUUUCAGAGCACAAAGAGGUGAAGAUUGUAAUUAUUGAUAGCAUUACUUUUCACUUCCGGCAAGAUUUUGACGACUCAGCCCUCAGAACACGAGUACUCAAUGGAAUGGCCUUAAAGUUGAUGAACAUUGCAAAGAGCUUUAGCCUAGCGGUAGUUUUGUUGAACCAAGUAACAACAAAGCACACAGAAGGUUCCUUUCAAUUAGGUCUAGCGCUAGGUGAGAGCUGGUCACAUUCAUGCACAAACCGGCUGAUUUUGUACUGGAACGGGAAUGAACGAUAUGCAUACAUUGACAAGUCACCUUCUCUUAGAUCGGCAACAGCUCCCUAUACUGUGACCAAAGGAGGGAUUCGAAAUUCUACGUCAAAUUCUAAACGUGUUAAAAUGAUGUAAAUACGAUUGAGCGAGCUUGGCUGGACGUUGGAGAAGGUUAGUGAUUACUUUUAAGCUCUCCUACACUACAAUGCCUAUGCAUCGUUUGCUCUCAUGAGAUAAACUGUGUUGCCCAGUUCAUUUUGCUUUUUGAAUCACAUUAUUAAGUGUGCAAAUAAUACGAUGAGUUUGCUAUGAUAUUUGCUCUUCGUUAAUCAACAAGCAGAUUUUAUACUCUUAAGUUAAAUUAUGUGAGGAUGUAAUUUUACUAAUCUAUAAUAUAUUGUUAAUAGUGCGAUCUACCUAAUCAAAAGUCCAGUUCAAAGGGUGGGACGAAAGUCA